ACCAGCGCAAUUUACUGAGCUUCAUCGAACACUCUCCCACACUAUAAAUAAUCCUUCUAAUCAAGAACUCUGUGUCCGCCCGUAUCACCUCUCACAAUAAAAAUCCCUGUUUUGUUUUCUCUCUCUAGAGUUCUCUAUUCCAAGCUUUCUUUAUACAAGGGAUCUAGAUAUGGGUUCUAAAUCUGUCGUGGACAUGAUAGAGGCCUCCUCUGGAGUGCAUUUUUCUGGGUUUCAUAUGAAUGGUUUGCAGACAAGAGAUCCAGACAUGGGACAACCAACAACCUCCGCUGCUGACAAUAUGCAUAAACAACCUUUUGUAAUUGGAGUUGCUGGAGGAGCUGCAUCUGGAAAGACAACAGUUUGUGAUUUGAUUAUACAACAGCUUCAUGAUCAGCGUGUCGUGCUCGUUAACCAGGACUCCUUUUAUCACAAUCUUACUGAGGUGGAACUAACUCGAGUUCAUGAGUACAACUUUGACCAUCCUGAUGCAUUUGACACUGAAAAGCUAUUAUCUGCUAUGGAGGAAUUGAGGCAUUGGAAAGCUGUAGAUAUUCCAAAUUACGAUUUCAAGAGUUAUAAAAACAAUGUUUUUCCAGCAAGGAGGGUCAAUCCUUCAGAUGUUAUCCUUUUAGAAGGCAUACUUGCUUUCCAUGAUCCACGUGUUCGGGAUUUGAUGAACAUGAAGAUAUUUGUUGAUACAGAUGCUGAUGUACGUCUGGCUAGGAGAAUAAGGCGUGAUACUGUUGAAAAGGGUAGAGAUAUUGCUGCAGUCCUUGACCAGUACUCCAAAUUUGUGAAACCGGCUUUUGAUGACUUCAUUCUUCCAACAAAGAAGUAUGCAGACAUCAUUAUUCCUCGAGGAGGAGAUAAUCACGUAGCUGUUGAUUUGAUUGUACAACAUAUCCGUACUAAGCUUGGCCAGCAUGAUCUUUGUAAAAUAUAUCCUAAUUUGUAUGUCAUUCAAGCAACUUUUCAGAUACGGGGUAUGCAUACCCUCAUACGUGAUUCGCAAACAACGAAGCAUGACUUUGUCUUUUAUGCUGAUCGGUUAAUCCGUUUGGUUGUUGAACAUGGUCUUGGGCAUCUUCCUUUUACAGAAAAGCCAGUGGUCACUCCGACUGGUUCUGUAUAUACUGGUGUGGAUUUCUGUAAGAGGUUAUGCGGCGUCUCCGUUAUUAGGAGCGGUGAAAGUAUGGAGAAUGCAUUACGAGCAUGCUGUAAAGGAAUCAAAAUUGGAAAGAUUCUUAUUCAUAGGGAAGGUGACAACGGUCAGCAGCUAAUAUAUGAAAAAUUGCCACUAGACAUAUCAGACAGGCAUGUGUUACUAUUGGAUCCUAUCUUAGGCACAGGUAAUUCGGCUGUUCAAGCUAUUCUGUUGCUCAUAAGCAAAGGUGUACCAGAGGGCAACAUCAUAUUUCUCAAUCUGAUUUCUGCACCUCAGGGAGUGCAUGUGGUGUGUAAAAGAUUUCCAAGAAUCAAGAUUGUGACGUCUGAGAUUGACAACGGGCUAAACGAAGACUUCCGUGUCAUACCUGGCAUGGGGGAGUUUGGAGAUCGAUAUUUUGGUACUGAUGAUGAUGACCUGGAUGUGAUGGCAGCAGCACCUUCGCAAGCGUCCAAGUAGAGUUGCUCAUGUCCAGCCCAUAUAAAUCACUUUUCAGAUGAUCAUCCACUGAGGAAUCAACUGAACAUGCUUGAUUCAUUUGUUGGGUUGUGCACUGUGUCUCUUGAAGCAAUUUUGACAACCAUUUAGACCUUGAGUUUCAAGACAUUAAUCUUUUCUGAAACUCUUGAUUCAUACAAGAGAAGGGAGUGGUUUUUGAUUUACAUUUAGAAGCUUUUACCACAGUUUUCUAUUACAGUUCAAUAGCCAGGUCUUUAGGUAGUGGAAAUAUCCACGGUUACAUCGCUGUCCAUUAUACUCGUGCCUUGUGGGGAGCGAUUAUACAGAGACAACUUGAGAUGAAGUGGCCAAAGUUUAUGUAAUUCUGAACCCAGAUAUUCAAUUUUAAUAUGAUGAAAUUUUGUCGAGUA